AUAUCCCUGGCGAUGCCGGUAACCUUUCAUUGGCGUUCCGUGCUUUCUUUCACCUUCCACAACCUCCCAACAACGUUCGUCGGCGAGAAGAGGAGCAGUUUAAAACUUUUGCCAUUCAACGCGAUUCGUCAACUUCGAAGCGAGGGAUUUGACAUUUUCUGCUGGCCACACGUGCCCAAAUGGCAAGCUAUAAGCCCUGUAUGGUAUGAUUUUCCGCUUGCCUGUGUAGGUACGUUGAAACGCCGGCGUUUUUGGUGACAUUUCGCUAUCGGGUGGGUGAAUGUGGGUGUCUACGCUCCUGUGUGCGUUUUGUGUCUUAUGGGAUUAUUUGUGAUUCGCUGCUUUGAGUGAAAAAUGGAGAGAGAACUAGAGCACCGAGAUCGAGUGGGAGUCCAGGAUGCGGUUCUCUUGGAAAAUUAUACAGAUGAAGCUGAAUUUAUCAACAAUCUGAAGAAACGCUUCAAGGAAAAUUUAAUUUAUACGUACAUAGGCCAUGUACUCAUUUCGGUGAAUCCUUACAAAGAACUGAACAUAUAUGGUCCGAAUAAUAUUAAAGCAUAUAAUGGUAAACAUUUUUUCGAAGUACCACCACACGUAUUCGCCAUAGCAGAUACAGCCUACAGAUCAUUAAAAGAGGAUUAUAUUGACCAGUGCAUCCUAAUAUCAGGUGAAUCAGGUGCUGGUAAGACGGAGGCCUCUAAAAAAAUUCUCCAAUACAUUGCUGAAGUUGAGAAUUCAAAUGACGUUAAAAGGGUGAAAAAUAAGUUGAUGGAAUCAACUUUACUCCUUGAAGCUUUUGGGAAUGCCAAGACAAACAGAAAUGAUAAUUCUAGUCGAUUUGGAAAAUAUAUGGAUAUUAUCUUCAAUUUUGAAGGAAAACCAGUAGGUGGCAAUGUUUUGAGUUAUCUGUUGGAAAAGUCUAGAAUUAUAAGUCAGCAUACAGGUGAAAGAAAUUUCCACAUAUUCUAUCAGCUUUUGGCAUCGGCAACUGAUGAGGAUUUGGAAAAUUAUCAUUUAUCCAGAAAUUUUGAUUCCUAUUACUAUCUUACGGAUGGGGACCAAGGAAAACUGCACUGCAUCGACGAUAAAGAUGAUUUCAAUCGAAUCAAGGAAUCUUUGAGAACACUUGAAUUUCCAGAGGAAAAGCAGAAGGAGAUUUUCUCGAUUCUGUCAGGAAUAUUGAAUCUUGGCAAUAUAACCUUCCAUAUGGUGGAUAAUAAAAAUUCUAUAAGGAAACCGGAACUACUAGAUAUAGUCAGCAAACUAUUGGAUUGUGAUAAGGAAGACUUGGAAAAUGCUCUUACAUUUAGAACAGUUGAAACAGCGAAAGACGUGGUAAAAACACCCCUCGAUAGAGAUCAAGCAAACUAUGCUCGAGACGCUUUAGCGAAAGCAAUAUACGAUAGACUAUUCAAUUGGCUUGUGGAGUUCAUCAAUGUAUCUCUCAAACCUCAGAAAGACCGAAGGAUGUUAUCGAUGGGUAUAUUGGACAUUUACGGGUUCGAGAUAUUUCAAAAAAACAGUUUUGAACAACUGUGCAUUAAUUUUUGCAACGAAAAACUACAACAACUUUUCAUCGAACUUACAUUGAAAUCAGAACAGCAGGAAUACGAGAACGAAGGUAUAGACUGGAAGAAAGUGGACUACUUCGAUAAUAAGAUGAUUUGUGAUUUAAUAGAAGGAAAACAUAAAGGAAUAAUUUCCUUUAUGGAUGAAGAAUGUUUGAGACCUGGAGACCCGAACGAUAUUUCUUUACUCGCAAAACUCGAUAAAGAACUAGGAAGUCAUGAGCGCUACAUAAGUCAUCAAAAAGCUGAUUUGAAGAUGCAGAAAAUAAUGGGCAGAGAUGAAUUCUGCCUCAUCCACUAUGCUGGUACAGUAACCUAUAAUGUUCGUGGAUUCUUGGAGAAGAACAAUGACCUUCUUUAUAGAGAUAUGAGAGAUGCCAUGUCGCGAUCUAAGAAUAGUAUAAUCAGAGAAGCUUUUCCUGCGAGCGAACAAAGGAGCAAAAAGAUGCCAGAUACGUCCAUCACUAAAUUUAAAAAUUCCCUCAACACGCUGCUGCAGUCUCUUAUUAAGAAACAGCCCUCUUAUAUUAGAUGUAUAAAGCCAAAUGAUGAAAAACGUUCCGGAAUUUUCGAUGAUGAACUUGUGCAACACCAAGUGCAAUAUCUGGGUCUCAUGGAGAAUUUGAGGGUUCGCAGAGCAGGUUUCGCUUACAGAAGAGUAUAUGAGAAAUUCCUCCACAGAUAUAAAUGCCUCAGUGAGAAGACAUGGCCAAAUUAUCAUGGCCCAGCUAAAGAGGGAGUUCAGGACCUUGUUUGUGCUUUGGGAUACGGCCCUGACGAUUACAAAAUGGGCAAAACGAAAAUUUUCAUUCGCCACCCACAAACUCUAUUUCAAACUGAGGAUCAAUUUCAAGAGAAAAAACAUGAUAUAGCUUCCAUAAUUCAAGCGAAAUGGAAAGGAAUUCUUCAGAGGAGGAGAUAUUUAAGAAUGAGAACAGCAGCGAUAAUUUUCCAAAAGAAUAUCAGAAGAUAUCUGGCGAAAGUGGAGGCUACAAAAAGGAGAAAAGCAGUUUUAGUAAUAAGGAGAUUCAUUUAUGGAUUCAUCACGAGAAAUGGCCCAACAAACGAAUAUAACCACAAAUUUCAACAGAUUACAAAAAAGCUAUGGUUGAUGAGGUUAGCAAAAGCCCUUCCCAAUACAGUUCUCAACAAGUAUUGGCCACCAUGCCCAGAAAUUUGUAACGAAGCCUCAACCACUUUACAUCAUUUGCAUCAGCAACAUCUUUCUAGAGUAUAUCGAUUGAAAUUAACCCUUGAACAAAAGGAACAAUUUGAACUCAAGGUAUUAGCAGAGAAAUUAUUCAAAGGUAAGAAGAAGAGUUACAAAGCAUCGAUCCCAGAGUGGUUUGGUACUGAUCGGACUACUGAGUCGCAUUUUGGACUGAAGCAGAGUUAUGUUGUUGGGUUGAACGGCGAGAAAGAAAGAUACUCUUCUUCUGUGUCGAAAUAUGACAGGCACGGUUAUAAACCCAGGGAAAGAGUUAUUAUUGUUUCCAAUGAAAAUCUGCAUGUUAUAGAAGUGAAAGGCAGUGCAAAAAUGAAACAUUGCCUCCCCUUGAGAAGAUUGACUCUCGCCGUAACUUCGGAGAAUGACAAAAUUCUUUUAGUAAAAAUACCAGAAGACCUCCUGAAGAAAGACAAGGGCGAUCUCAUUUUAGAAAUACCACAUUUGAUAGAGACAGUCACUAGGAUAAUAUCCAUUACUAAAGAUGAAGGAAUGUUGAUGAUAGCAGAUAAAAAUUCAAUUGAGCAUACGAUGAAACAAGGAAAACAAGGUGUGAUUGACAUAACUGUAGGAAACCCUGAGAGAAUCCACAAGGAUAAAAGUGGACAUUUAUUGAUUGUGGCUUCUCCUUGAUGUACUAAUGCUUCGUUCCCAUGGUUUAUUUUAUAUACGUGCAAAGAAUUGUAUUAUAUAUUGAUUAUUUAUAUUAUUGGUGCCAUCCUAGUAAUGUGGUUACAUUAUUAUAAAGAUAAUUUUAAUAAAAAACUGUAAUAUAUUUUAAA